GCGACGAUGGAGGGGUUGUAUCAGAGCUUUGAGCCGCCGCCAUCGGAGGUGAAGCCUGCGCCUGCCUUCUCCGUGGCGCGUUGGUUUUCCUUCGGGUCCUCAUCGUCAUCGCCGUCAUCGUCGUCGUCUGCGCCACCACAAGCACCGACGGCGUCGUCUGCUCCUUCUUCAUCGUCACAGCAGGCCGAGCUGUUCCAUGACGGUUUCAUUCAUCACCGCCAGCUGCCACGGUAUGUGGAGAGUGCCGAAGACGUCGCCCAGCACCAACAGCAACAGCAAGGUACGCUGAGGCCCGCGGACACACACGCACAGCAGAGAGUGGUACAGCCACAACAACACCAGCACCAGCAGCACCAGCAGCACCAGCAGCACCAGCAGCAAGGAACACAGCGGCACCACAGGCCUCAUGGACCUCAGAAGGAAUUUGUUGUCGCCACGUCCGAAGCAGCAGAGUCACACCAGCGACCAGCGUCGUCGCAGGCGGCGCAGCAGGGAUCCUCGGCAAAGCGAGGCGCCAGAGUCCCCAUGGGCAUGCCAGAGCGCCCACCUUUGGUGACCGAGGGCAAACCAAACGAGCUGUCCCUGUUUCCCGCCCCGGAGAAGAUCAAGCCGAUCCCGAUGCUGAAGAUGCCGAGGCUGUCGCGGCCGGGGCCAUCGCGAGCCGGCACAGGCACACAGGCAACGCUGCCGUCGAGUCAGGGGUCUGAUCAGGGUCGCAGCACCUCUGACCCAUCUCUGCGUCUUGGCGCGCCCGGUAGCGGCACUACCGCUGUCUCUGCGCCAGCAACCGGUGGAGGUGCUGGCAUGUCUGGCAAAGCAUCAGCUGCGGUGGCAUCAUCAUCGUCAUCAUCCAAGGCGGCCGCUACGACAGUAGCAGGAACGACGGCAACGUCAGGCGGAGAAGCCUUGUCUUCAUCAGCACGUGCCCGGGAAGCCUCCAUUGCAACCGAUGCCCCGGCGACUCGAGAACGGUCGUCGAGUAUGCUGCGCAUGUCGGGUGUUCUGCGGCGCGUUCAGCUGCUCGGCAUAUCCACACACGACAAGGAGUUUCGGGAGCACUGGAUGCCUGACGACAACGUGAAGGAGUGUUACGAGUGUGGUAUGCCCUUCCACGCCAUUCGCCGCCGCCACCACUGCCGCGUGUGCGGCCAGAUCUUUUGCUGGAGGUGCUGUCGGGAUCAGAUUCCCGGGCACUACGUGGGGCGGGCCGGGUACCUUCGCUGCUGCAACUUCUGCGCACACGUCGUCACGUCGCCCUCAAAGGCACAGCCGUCUGCGCGGGCCCAGCCGGUCUCUGUACUUGAUUCCUCGUUUGCCUCCAUGCACCACUCAACGCGCCCGCGCACAGACAGCGAUGACUCGGAUGGCCGUGGGCGGGCGGGUCUACCAAAGCCGCUGCUGUCGCUGUUUGGCAGCACGAGCACGGAGCACGUGCCCACGGUGAAGGUGUGCAGCGAGCUCCUCUGCAGAGCCGUCUCCAAGGGCCAGAUCGAACUCCUGGAAACAUCUGAUGUGGAAGACGCAUUUGUAGGGGAGGAAUUUGUGUCCUGGCUCCUUCGCCAAUCCUACGUCCGGCGCAGAGCACAGGCUGUUGAAAUUGGGCAGGUGCUUCUCGACAAUGACCUCAUCUCCAGCGUGGGCCGCACAGACAAGCCGCAUGUGUACAAGGACGACGGCACGUGCUACCGGCUAUCGCCGCGCAUCUUCUCCCUGGACGUGAUGGACACGGACACACGCGAGGGGCGGGCGAGCGGCAGCAGCAGCGGCGCAGGUGCCGGUGCUGGCGACAUCACACACGUGGACAGCACGGAGCCCAACUGGCUGAAGGACAUCCAGGUGCUUGAGCCGACGUUGGCGGAGGAGGACGAGGAGUUGGGUAUUGCCAUCGAGGAGGAGCCACUUGUGCAGGAUCCAAACGUCCAAGUCGUGACGUCCCGGCACCACGUCGCAACACACGCCGCGCCCUUUGGCGGCGUCAGCUCACCAUCGCAAUCGCCAAUCCCACCGGACGCGGGGUCUGUUGCUGCGCCGGUGGCGGCUGCCCCACGAUCGCCCGCGUGGCACACGACGCGACCCGCCAUGGACACCCCAGCCGUCGAGGAGGUGCGGCCCGACGCAGAAACCGUGACGGUGAUAUCUGCGUCCUCCGUCGAUCAGGAGCAAGGAGGGCGCGUGCUCGCCACCAAGCGGUUCAGGGCUGCCAGCCUCGCCCACCUGCACAGGCUCCUUUACCAGUGCCUGGAGGACGCAAAGUUGCCGGAGAGCUGGGGCCAGUGCAUCUUUCCUCUGAUUGAGCGCGUCGGGUCCACAAUUUGCCCGCGCAUCAAGAUGGGUGACCAGAUGGACGUGCGUAAGUACGUGAAGAUCCGCUGCCUGCCCGGGGGCGACAUUGGCGAGUGCUCGUACCACAGCGGCGUCAUCUUCACCAAGAAUCUCGUCCAUAAGGCCAUGCGGCGGCGCAUCAAGCGCCCGCGCUUGCUCAUGCUCGACUUUCCCGUCGAGUUUACAAGUCGCGGCACCUCCAAGUUUGCGAGUAUGGACGCCCUUCUCCUGCAAGAGAGGGAAUUCCUCAAGAACGUCGUCGCCCGCAUCCGCCGCUGCCAUCCAGACCUCGUGCUUGUGAGCGCCACUGUCGCCCGCGUCGCCCAGGAUCUACUGCGAGAGGCCGGGAUCAACGUGAUGGUGAAUGUGAAGAGGCACGUGCUGACGGCGCUCGCCCGCUGCACUGGCGCCGUCAUCCUCCGCUCCAUCGAAGAACUCAUCCAAACACAGCUCGGCGUUUGCGAACUGUUCCAUCUGAGGAAGAUUGAGUUGGCGAAUGGAGAAGAGAAGACGCUGGCGUUCUUUGAGGGGUGCGACCCUGCGCUGACGUGCACGCUAAUCCUGCGCGGCGACGACGACUACGGCACGCUGCUGCGGGUGAAGAGCGUGGUGCGCCUGCUGUGCUUUGCCAGCUACAUGAUGCACAUGGAGGAGCGCGUGCUGCUGAACCACUUUCUCGACAUCCCAACGUCGCGUUUCCCGGCGCUGAUUGACUCGCGGCACUGGCCGCACGCUUUCGACGACAAUGAUGAUGAUGAGGAUGAUGAUGAUGACGAUGAUGACGACGAGCACAGUGAUGAUGAUGAUGAUGACGGCGGUGCUGCUGGUGCCGGUGUGUCGCCUGGCGUGAUUGAAUCGAUUGACGGAGCCAUCACCACGGGUGGUUUGCAGCAGUCAGCAGUUUCGUCGCGGGAAACCGCCGUCGAAGACACGCGGCCAAGCGAAGCGGAGGACCAUCACCACCAACACCAAAAGGAGGAGCAACAGCAACAGGACCAAAAGGAAUUGCACCGCAGCAAGCAGCUGUCACCGGUCAAUGAAGUCCCGUCAUCAACAGCGAGUGGCAGCGACCACGCCACGCUCAGCCUUGCCAACAGUGCCAACCUGGCGCCACAAGACGGCAGCCAUGGCAACGAUGGCGAUGGUGCUGUGAGCCCGCCACAGCUCACGGGCCGCGUUGUGCGUGUGUGCGAUGGUCCCGGUGCCCAGGAAUCGGUGGAGGUGCAGGUGUCUGUUGGCGGCGCUGAUUCGACGCCAUUCCUGACACCAACAGCGCUCUCCGACGCAGAGGAGGACGGGCAUGCCGAGGAGGACGAUGUUGGGGGUGAUCGUGGUGGUGAUGGUGAUCGUGGUGGUGAUGGUGAUGAAAGAGGUGGAAGCAGCAUGAACAGUGGUGAAGUAGCUGCUGAGGGCGCGGCGAGGGACGAUGCAGCUGCAAGGGAGGAGCUGUUGCAGUUGAAGACGAGUUCACGUUUUGCGCGUGCAGAGCGGUCGCCACCGCCACAGGGAGGCGCUGUGGCUACAGCAGACGUGUUCCAAGCCCCCACUACACACGCCCAAGAACAGCAGCAGCAGCAGGAGCAACAACAACAGCAGCAGCAGGAGCAGCAGGAACAACAGCAACUCCCACAACACGAGCAGCUGCUGCAGGAGCAAAAGCGCCUCGAACAGCAGCACGAACGACUUCUUCUUCAGCAGCAGCAAGAGGAAGCGAAGGCGUCAGCCAACCAGCAAGCGCAAUCAAGUACCAACAUCACCACCACCGGUGCUUCGAACACCGCCAGCAGCACUGAGCGCAGUCGGAAGCGCGCACCACUGCGCGAACGCAUCAGGCGACGGCUGCGUCGUGGAUCUGUGACGACGGGCAAUGCGUUGGCCGCCACCACCAUCACCACCAUGAGCACGCUUGCAUCGGCUCCGUUUGGAACGGAGAAGGAGGAGCCGGCCCGCCACUCGUCCGUCAGCAUGGGCGAACUGCAGAGGAUUCGACAGCGCUUUCUGGCGAAAAAGCUUCAGCGCAGCUCUGAAUCUGACAGCGAAAUGUCGCCCAUGUAUCCAAAACAGGAGCAACAACGGCAACAACAACAGCAGCAACUACAACGUCUUUCGUCUCGCCGCACGUCCAUCACCUCGGCCAACCCCGCCGCCCAGUCCUCAUCGUCGUCAUCGCGACGUGAAUCGAAACAGAUGCGCGCCUCUCACCCAGGCAGCUCCUCUGGCCGUGACCACGACGACAAUGAUGGUGGCAUGAAUGAUGAUGGCGGUGACGAUGGUCGCUUGGUGCCGGCGCAUCAGCUCGCCGCGUUUCGCUCAGCUGCGAGGGACAUUGUCCUCAGCGCCAGCCCCGCUGUCAACUUCCCAACACCAUACUUCCUUCGACCAAAGUCCCACAAUCUGCCACUGCGCGCAUUUCUGCCCAAAACGCUGCACUGGUCGCGCCGGUUCAGCGCAGCGGCGGCGCCAAAGGGCACACAGGACUGCCUUCGCUUCGAGAACCACCAGCGGCUUGAUGUGCUCUUCUCAUGCUGGGCCGACGGCGCACAGAAGCCCUGCAUCGAACCGCAGAUUGUGAACAUCCAAUACUAUGGGAAGAAUGAUCUGCCGCUCGGGCAUUUCGUGGAGACGUCGUGUCUGGAUCCAAACUUCAUGUGUGUACGGCCGGAGUGCGAGGCGUCAAUCGAGAGCCACGUCCGUUGCUUCGUCCACGAUCAGGGCAGGCUCCUCGUCGGAACGGAGCGGCUGAAAAAUCCGAUUCCAAGCCCCGAUCUGACGCAAGAUCAAGUGCUCACGUGGUCCUGGUGCGAAAUCUGCCAAAACUCAACGCCCGUCAUCCCCGUCGACUCGGAUACGUGGCACUCUUCGCUGGGGAAGUUUCUUGAAGUUUCCUUUUAUGCGCGCGAUUAUGUCGCUGCUGGUGGCAUCUGCCCCCACUCACACCACCGCCACCACGUCCGGUACUUUGGCAAGGGCACGCUUACGUCAUAUUUUGACUAUCAACCAAUCACGCUGAUGGAGAUUGCAUUUGCUCCCCGCAUCACUGUCAUUCCAAAGCUGGGGUCGCGUGUGUCCACGUGGCUGAAGAGGGUGGAGCAGCUGGAAGACAUCACCACUCGAAGUGUCAUCGACAUUCACAAGAAAAUCGGCGAAAUCGAAAACGCAAUCCACGAAAACGCCAGCCAUGCGCGCUCCCCCAGCAAACCGCCAUCCUCCGUGCUGGCGAAAGUCAAUGAUCUCAAACACAUGCACGUCGACGACGCUCAGCGCCUGGAGAAGACCCUGAAUGCGUUCAAAACGUUUCAGGCGUCGGCGCCACGCCAGAUUGGCCAGGGGUUUGACAAGGGCGCAAAGCAAACACAGGCGCCGCCACGGCUCCCACUGAGACCCAGAGUUGAGAUGAUGUCACUGCCAGAUGCGUCCUACUCCCACGAAGUCACAACAAAGUUGACGCGCCUGUCGCUGGACCUGUGUCUGGACAUCCAGAACACCGUCAGCAAGUGGAACCGCUUGAUUAAGGAGAUGAUUGAUUGGCACGUGAGCAAGCGGCCGCGCAAGUCCAUGAGCGUGUCGGCGGCACCGCUGUUGGCGCCAAAGUCACAGCUGGACACACAAACGUCAACCAUCUCUGUUGGCGGCGUGCUUGUGUCGACACACGACGCGUCCGCCCACGACACAUCCAACAACGCAUCGCGCAGUGAUCAGUCACCAGGACGACAGUCAAGCCAGCAACAGCAACAGCAACAGCUGCUGCAGCAGGGCAGAAGUCGUGAUGGUGUUGAAGGUGAGUUGUUGUCUGGCUCGUCGCUACUGUCACCACAUCGCCUGCACCGCCGUCCAGCGAGUGUUGGGUCGCUGGCGACAGUUGCCGGUCGCGCUGCACACAGCCGUCACGCAUCCGCACACGAUGAUAUGCUUGCACGAACCGUGGGCGGUGGUGUUGGUGUUGGUGUCGGAGGUGGUCGUGGUAGUGGUAGUGGUGGUGGUGGUGGUGAUGGUGAUGGCAGCACAGGCGCAUGUGGCGAUGAUGACACGACGACAACAGCGACAGCGACAGCGACAACAGCCGGGCAUGACGGUGGCCUGAGCGAGACCGCGAGUCGCGCAGGUGCUGAGGGCGAGGCGGAAGGGAGCGAGCAGUGGGAACCGUCGUCCGAUGUGUCACCGACAGUUCAGGAUCGGGAGGGGAAGGAGGCGAGUUUGAUGCGCAAGUUGGCCCAGCUCAUGCCCUCCACACACCAAGUCUCCGCCAGCAUCCCGCUGCACUUCCCUGACACGGAGCACCAUCUGCCUGCGCGCGGUGACGCCGCUCUCCGCAUCGCCAUCUACGAGGAUGAGCCCUCCUCGCUCGUCGCGUUCACCCUCUCCUCCCGCGAGUACAGGCAGUUCCUCAGACAGCGCGCCCUGGACAAGACACAGGCGUCCACAUCCGCUGCACCGCCACGGCACCAUCACGACAGCCUGCAGCUCGCCGACCCAGCAGUGGCCGAUGACGAUGAAGGUAGCGGUGAUGGUGGCCGUGGUGGUGACGACGGGAAGCGAAAGGGUGGCGCGAUGAGCGUGAGCAACACGGCGUCGAGUGAUGUUCGCACGUCUGCUGUUGCAACGGCACCCGGCUCUCCACUUGUCUCCACUCCCCAGACGCCGUCCAUUGCACUGACCUCCACGCCAUCGGCUCGCUCGAGUGCCGUGUUCCCCGUCGUCCCUUCCACCACCAUCACACCCGUUGCCACGGCUGCGGAUGCGCCAACAUCGACCGCCAACACCACCACCCCAGGUACCGCAACAAGAACAGCAGCAGCAGCAACAUUGUCAUCCACCAAGAAGACACCUGCAACAGCAGCGGCGGCGGCAGCGGCGUUGGUUGCUCAAUCGUCGUCAACGCCCACGACUGGAACAUCAUCAACAACAGCACCAACAGCAGCACCAACAACGGCAGCAGAGCCGUCUCAGUCCACCACGGCCACGCCAGCGACAGCACCGAGUGGCAGUGCACCGUCCUCGCGCCACAACUCGCGAUCCAUGGGAAGUUUUCUCCACCGCGCAACACACGUGCGCACACCAUCGCGCGCAAGCGGCAUCUCAGAGCAGCAGGGUGAUGUUGAUGCUGAUGCGAGCGCCAAAUCCAGAAAACCGACCACGCCGCACUUUCAGCACAAGCACAGCAGUGACCAGACCCGCUUCUACUGCAAGGCGUUCUUUGCUCGGGAGUUUUAUGAUCUGCGCCGGCUGUGGAUCAACGGUCCGAACUGCCCCGAUGACGACGGCGAUGAUGAUAUUGCAUCAUGCGAACGCAAUUUUGCAGAGUCCCUCUCAAGGUGCGUGAAGUGGAUGGCGCAGGGUGGAAAGUCUGGCUCGGACUUCUGCAAGAUGUCGGACGACCGCUUCAUCAUGAAACAGCUGUCGAGUGCGGAGAGCGAUUCGAUCCUGGACUUUAUGCCGCGCUACUUCGAGUACAUGACGGACGCGUACACACACAAGAAGCCCACGCUCCUCGUCAAGAUCUUUGGCGUCUACAGAAUCGGUUUCCAGAACAAGAGCACGAAGCGCGCGUGGCGGCAGGAUGUUUACAUCAUGGAAAACCUCUUCUUCGACCGCCACAUCUCAACCAUCUUCGACCUCAAGGGAGCGAUUCGCGGACGGUAUGCGACGAAAGGGGCCGUACUCCUUGAUCUAAACAUGCUCGAACUCGUUUCGAAAGAGCCCCUCUACCUCCGUCCGCACAGCAAGGCUGUGCUGAACCAGGCCAUCCACAACGACACGCGCUUCCUCAGCAGCCUCAACAUCAUGGACUACAGUCUCCUUGUCGGCGUCGACGCAAACCGCGGGGAGCUCGUUGCCGGUGUGAUCGACUACAUCCGCACGUUCACGUGGGACAAGAAGCUUGAGAUGUGGUUCAAGCGUUACGCGUUCGGCAGCAAGAGCGAACUCCCAACCAUCAUCUCCCCAGAGCAAUAUGAGAGCCGCUUCAUCAACGCCAUGAACCGGUACUUCUCGCUCGUGCCGGACAAAUGGGUGGCGUCGUCCGUGCUGUCCUUCCUCGUCCAUGGCGCCGUGUCCACAGCGCGCGGCACGCAGCAGCAGGAGGACGCUGAGCGGGAGGGCGUGUCGCAUUUCACGUUUCAGAAUGCGCGGCGCACAGCACCCCAGGCCCUGUACGAUCGCGACCACCACAGCAGCAGCAGCAGCACCGCCAACACCACGGCUGGCAGUGGCAGUGGCAGCAGCAAUAACAACACUAACAACACCACCACCACCACCAACAACAACAGCAGCAGCAGCAGCAGUGGAGGUGGCGGUGGUGGUGGUGGUGGUGGUGAUAGAAAGGACAGGGAUGAGCAUGGUGGUGUGGGUGUCAGUGUUGUGCACAAUAGCAGUCAGGGUUGAGAGUGGUGUGUGGUUUGAUUAUGGUUGCAGCAGCUGUGCAUCUGCUUUCGCCUCCACACGUCGUUGCGACUGCGGGCUCCAUCCCAACUUGUGUUAUUUGUAACAAUCGUUUUUUUUUUUUUGAUGUAAAACUUUAAUGGUGUCGCUUGCCCCGGUGGUGGGGUUGCCCGCAAGCGACACGUCGUGGUUGCCAGAUCAGUUGGAGAAGGCAGAAAGUACAAUCGUUUAUUUUCGCUUAGAACUCUUCCUCUCCUCUGUACACAAGAGUGGCAUAGACGAUAUCAACGGCAAUGUCAUGCUUCGCAGCUGUACACC